AUGGGGUAUGGGAUAUACGAUGACACUCGUGGGCGAAGUCUAUCCACAGUUGAUUUCAGUGACAGCAAUUCCUCCCCUCGUAUGCCUGAUACGGAUUACUACUGGGAUUUCGUGGGAGACCACAUUGUUCGUGGACCCGGUCCAACUGCUGUAUCGUCCAUACUUGGAUAUUUACUUUCCGGUCCCAUUCAAGGAUACAGACCUAAAAGUGUAUUUCCCAAUGACGCAACUAUUCUACACACUACUACUAAUCCGUCUGUUGUAAACGAUCAACUCCAGGCUUACUGGAAGCUCGAGACAAUCGGCAUCACUGAUAAUGCCCACCCUCCAGUAAUGAACACAGACUUCGAACAUUACAGAGAUAAUCAUCUCAAAAUCAAAAACGAACGGUAUACUGCGGGGUUACCGUGGAGACAAGACCACCCUCCUCUGCCUACUAACUUUCGUAUUGCAAAGAAAAGCACUCGCGCUAUGACUCGUAAACUUCCACCGAAUUUGUUAAAAACAUAUGAUGGAAUCAUUAAGGACCAGAAAGUGCGGAAUUUCAUUGAAGAAGUUACUGACGACGAUGACAAACGCGGACCACUGGAACCGGAAAUUACCCGCCGUACACCAGCUAGAACCGCUGCUGCGAUUGCCCGUCUACGCAUACAGGACAUAAAUGACAUAUGA